AUGCUGGUUGAAGACCCUGAAGAGAGGUCAUCGGCAGAUUAUUACCAUGACGAGGCGAGAACUCUCUUAAAACGCAUUAGUGAUACUCGACAUCAAGAGUCAGACGACGAAAACAAGAGUGUAACUACUCCAAAACCUUCGAUGCACGACGCCCCAUGCACUGUUCGUCCGGAUAUCCAGCUUGUCUCUUCAAAAAGCUUGGAGGCUACAUUUGGAAGGACAGUACAAGUCAUGUACGAGGAUUCAGGUCAGCUUACAGAUUGCCACUGUGUUGUGAACGAAGGGGAGUGGUCAGAAGUCCUAAGCACUCAGCCGAGCCAGAUUUCUGCCACUUCUGUCGCCAUGCCGCAGGCGAGCAUGGUGGAUGGAUUGCCAUGGCGUCAUGAAAGCCUUGGUGAAACCAGCCCGAGAAGCAGCAACGAGGCCGAAGCCAUAGGAGCGGACGUCGGAGAAGCUCAGAUGAAGGGACCGUCCCAAAAGCGAGGGUGCCAAGAAACUGCUCAGAAUCUUGUGAAGACAUGCUCCGCGUUUCCAUCAUUUGCCGCACUUGAACCUUUGCUCUCUCAAGCAUUCGCGUUUUUCACGACCGUGAACUGCGAGGGCCCUCUUUUUUUUCCGUUCGCGCCGGUAGUAUACGCCCUACUUCAGAUGCCGGUCGCCAAAGACCUCCACGCUACUGUGACUGCCACUGACGUCCUAGCUUUUGAUGAAAGCCAGCUCGUUCAGUACUUGGAGAGAAACGCUGUAAAUGGUGGUGGGUUCGACAUCUCAGGUCUUCUGGGCGUGGAGAAUCUUUCCAAGGAUCAGCGAAAUGAGUUAGCAGAGAAACUCAGAAGUGCGGCUCCUACGCUGGAUAAUUCGACUCUCGAGAUUGAAGAUCUUCUCACGCGCCUGACAAGGGUAGCCGAUGAGCGAAACGACUCUUCAGAACAUGAUCUCUCGCGCUCGCCCGCCGCGUCAUUUCAGUCGACCGCAAGCACACCACCCAUUAGUUUCAUGUCCCUUGAAAUUUCUUGCCAUCAAGAGCUCGUUAACGACGGCGGCCGGCCUGUUUGCUCCAUCGAAGAUCUGACAUAUAUCCUUGCAAAGCCUAGGGCCAGGUAUAAAGCGAUUAUGCCGUGGCUCAGUGACGACCCAGACUCUGAGGUUUGGGAUGGGGAGAUAAAGACCGUCUUUUCGAGGCAAUUUACGCGGUGGUGGGACUUUCGUAAAUCACAAUGGGAUAACAGAAGGAUUGAUAUUGAAGCGGGAUUCUCUUCCUUCUUGGAGGCAAACAAGCGCAAAUAUGAGGGGAUGGGUGCUACAAGGAUGGUCUCCGACCCUUCAUUCGAGGAAACAGUCAGGCGAUUAUGGCAACACAAGCCAGUGUCCCGGCAACUACCUGAAUCUAACUCAUUUACAUCAUACAAAGAGGCAGUCAGAAGGCGUCUUGCACCGUACCAAUUCGCCCGCGCUUUGCAGUUAAAGGAGGACCCUCGCCAACAGACCCAGUGGACCAAUUGGCUAGAGUACCUUAACUACGAAAAAUGGUGUUUGGAAAUGCUGACUGCGCUUGCGGAACCUCUGGAGGAUCGAUACCGUGAAGCCUGGAGAAGGAUGCUCACUGCACCACGGGGUUCGUCGAGAGAAGCAAAAGGGUGUAGUUCAUCAGCAUCAAGGUUCAUGCAAAAAGCAGGACGACGACCGGCGGACAUUGUCAAUAUGGCCAAGGAGUUGGAAGCAACCCACGCUAGCUUGGUUGCAACUAACAAAACACUUGACGACUUUAUUCGAGAGACAGAACCGUAUCUGCAUGCUCAGACAGCAGUGUACUACCAGAGACAUCGAGUGGAGUGGAUUAUUAAGGAGGCGAGUUUAAUCGAGCUGGAGAUGUCCCAGCAAAAUAAGAUGGUGAAAACUAAAGCAUGCGCCAACACAAGAGAGAACAAGAAGAGGCAACGCGAUGAUGAUAAGAUACCCCCGACACGAUCAAAGAGAGUCAAGCGAGGCGAUGGUAGGGAACAUGUUGUUUCAGAGGCAACGCUAGGCGAGCCUGGGCUUCGCCGGAGUCAGCGUUUAGCCCAAGGCAAAUCGCUGCAAAGCCGAGUUUAG